AUGUCAUUCAGUCCUGGCAAAGUCAUGUCUGAUCGUGCAGCCUGGUGCUACACCACAAUGGGCUGCAAUUCAGGAAUCGAUUCUUCUCUAUUGGACCACCUAUUUCCUGCUGUUCCAUGGAAUUCUCCUCACCAAGAAGCUCUUGCUAUUUUUCUUCUGGUGCCUGAGUGCUGUGUUGCUCUUGAAGCACGCAGGAUACCGUCACUAGCUUUAAAGUUUGCUGAAGCUGUCAUGGGUCUGAGCAAGGGAUCUUCCAACAUUCUAGAAAAUUAUUGGUCCUUGUUACCAGGUCCAUUUUUAGAGCAAAUAGUUCAAAUGUUGAAGACGUAUGUGUCAGCCAGGUUGCCUUGUUAUAACCUUUUCCUCAAAGACAAGUCAUGGAUUAAUACCCUCAAAGUGCUUAAAAAGCUGUAUAAGGUCAACAUGAAGGCUAAAUGCCCAUUGCAAAUAAGUACCUUCUGCAUAGAUGAAAUUCCUCAAAUAAUUGACCUAGAAGAAGAUUUUUGGACUUGGGAGUCACAUAAAAACCAUAAUAUCCCAGAUGAAGACAGAUUAGUCUGUUUCUGCCAUUUUCCUUUCGUCUACAAUGUAUCAACCAAAAGGAAAAUACUUUAUUACGGGUCCUCUAUUGCACAACAGGAUGCAGAAUGGAAAGCUUACCUUGAAAGGAGAGACAACCAGAGGCUGGGAAAUAGUGACUUCUCAGAUCGCCCUACCUUUAUUCUGAAAGUGCGACGCCAGUUUCUCCUUGAAGACACCUGGCACGAACUUAGUAUAUUGGAGGACUCCUACCUGAAAAUAUACCUGCUGGUUCAAUUUGAAAAUGAAAUGCCUGGUUAUGGAGAUCAAGGUUACCUGGUGGAAUUCUUUUCAGAGGUGUUUGAGAAGGUAGUACAGCCAGAAUAUGGGAUGUUUAUGUAUUGUGAAUCCACUUCCCCAAUGUGGUUUCCUCCCAAGCCUUCUGUGGAGAAGAAUAAAUAUUUCCUGUUUGGUAUUCUCUAUGGGCUUUCAAUAUCUAGCAGAGUCACUGCCUACAUACCCUUCCCACUUGCUAUCUUUAAAAAGCUGCUUAACAAGAAGCCAACUCUCAGUGAUGUGAAAGAGCUAAGCCCUGUGCUAGGAAGAAAUUUGCAGACAGUUCUUGAGUAUGAACAUGAUGACCUUGAAGACAUGUUUCAGCUAUGUUACUCUAUUUCCUGGGACAGCAUGGAUGUAGACUUGAUUGAAAAUGGCAUUUCAACAGCUGUAAACAGUGCCAAUAAGAAAGACUUUGUUGACAAAUACGUGGAUUACAUAUUCAACAAAUCAGUGGAUGAUGUUUUCAGUGAGUUCAGGAGAGGAUUUUACAAAGUCCUGGAUGAACAGCUAGUUGGCAUCUUUGAGCCUGAACAACUGAUGGAAGUGGCAAUUGGAAAUGCCAAUUAUGACUGGAAUUUGUGCGAAAAGAAUGCUGUGUAUAGGGGUAUAUACAGCCCAACGCACCCAACUAUAAAGAUGUUCUGGGAAGUUUUCCAUGAGCUGAGUUUGGAGGAUAAAAAACAUUUUCUGGUGUUUUUGGCAGGAAAUGACAGGAUCCCUGUGACAGGAAUGGAACCUUGGAAGAUUCAUCCACAUUACUUGCCCUCCGAGGAUCUUAUCCCUGGGGCUGACACCUGUUUUCAUCUUUUAUUUCUGCCAAUUUACUCAACAAAACAAAAACUGAAAGAGAAGCUUCUUCAAGCGAUCAGCCACAAUCGUGGCUUUGGCAGAUUUGUGCCCAUAGUCUGAAACAGGAACUUGAAUAAGAUGCUACCUUGGAAGCGGUAGCCUUCUUUUGACCUCAGAUGGCAGAACAAGAUUGUCACAAGGGAUUUUGGUUAGAUGACUGUUCAGCGAUUUUCUUGCUUCAUUAAGCAAUAAAGUGAUCCUGUAGUACUUUGAAAAUAUGCUGUUUUAUCUAAUUAACCACGUUAAUUAGAUUGAGUUAAUAUGUUCUUUUUAAUGAUGUAAAAGCAAACAGUUGAGGUUAUAUGUUAUUAUCUUAUGCUACUGCACCAGUCGGACGCCAAUGCCUUUUCUAUUUCUUUUCCCCUUUCCCCUACACAUUUUUUCUUUUCCUC